CUUAUCCCUCCUAAGCCAAAUAAUCUACUCACGAGACGGAAAACAGGCCGAGCCCAUUACAUCACAUUGAUUUCAUGUCCCACCACCAAAGCAUAUAUCAAACAACCACCUCCUCCCCUGACCAUAAUCCCAACCCAAAACCAACUACAGUUCGCAGAUCACUUCAAUCCACAUCUAUUCUGGCCAGAAAUCACUACCUCCAAAAUGCCAACCGCCAUCGUCACCGGCGCAACCGGUAUGCCUCCCAUCCCCAACCCACCAACCAUUCUAAUCACUCCCUCCCUAUAGGCAUCCUCGGCCGCGAAAUAAUCGCCCACCUCUCCAAAGACCCCUCAUACCAAACAAUCCACGCCCUCUCACGCAGCAAAAAGUCCACCUACCCGCCACACGUCCACCACGCCAGCAUCGAUCUCCUCGCGUCGCCCGAAUCCCUCGCCUCUCAACUCUCCUCCCAAGAUGUCUCAGGCGACUACCUCUUCUUCACCGCGUACCUCCAAGAAGGCGACGAGAAAGACCUCGAGCGAAUCAACGGCGACAUGCUCGAGAACUUCCUCAAGGCGUUGAGUAUCUCAGGGGCAGAGAAGAAGGUCAAGCGGGUUGUGCUGGUGACAGGAGCGAAACACUAUGGGGUGCAUUUAGGGCCGGUGAAGAAUCCAAUGGAGGAGACGGAUCCCUGGGUGGAAGGGGAGGGAAGACCGCCGAACUUUUAUUAUAGGCAGCAGAGAAUUUUGAAGGGGAUGAGUGAGGGGAAGGGGUGGGAUUGGGUGGUGACGUAUCCGAAUGAUGUUAUUGGAGUUGCUAAAGGCAACUUCAUGAACCUAGUAACAGCCAUCGGACUCUACGCCGCCAUAACCAAGGAGCUUGAUGCGCCGUUCAUCUUCCCAGGAUCACGCAUCUUCUACCCCAAGACAGACUGCUUUACUUAUUCGCGACACCAUGCGCGAUUCUGCGCCUGGGCUGCUACUGAGCCCGCGUGCUCGAAUCAAGCGUUCAAUGUUGUGAAUGGGGACACGCAGACGUGGCAGACGAUGUGGCCUUGCCUGGCGGAGCGAUUCGGGGUUACGAUUCCGGCGGAUCAGUUCCAGGCGGAGGAUGAGAAGGUUGUUCCGCUGAUUGAGCGGCCACCGUUGGAGGAUUAUGCUGAGACGAGUGGGUUGAAGGGGAAGGUUGAGAAGGGGGAAGUGCGGAUGCGGAUUGAUUUGGAGAAGUGGACGGAGAGAGAGGAUGUCAAGGCGGCGUGGGAGAGGUUGGCACAGAGGGAGGGGUUGGAGAAAGAUGCCUUUGAGAAGGCGACGUGGUUUUUCCUGAACUUUGUGCUGGGGAGGAAUUAUGAUCUGGUGAUUAGUAUGAACAAGGCGUGGAAGCUGGGGUUCCGGGACUGGGCUGAUACGUGGGAUGCGUUGGAAGAAUGUCUGGAUGAGUUGGAAGAUGAGAAGGUUCUGCCUAGGACGGGGAAGAAAUGAAG